UUCUUCAAAUGUCAAUUUUCAUUUCAUCGGUCAGAAGAAGUAAAUAUUACAAUAAAUCUUAUAAAAUUAAAUGUUUUCAUCGUCCAAGCUUACAUUAAGAGCUCCUUAUGCAUCAACUGUAUGCAGAUGGACAAGCUCAGCACUGGACACAAAAGCGGUUCAGCCGCCAAAUGCAAAGAAAAUAACUAGUGACAUGGUAGGACCACCUGAUCCUGUUUCCAACUUGAGAAGGAUUGUUUUUAAACAACCAAACGAUGAAACUAAAUUAGAAAAGAAAUAUAGAGAACUCCGCAUGGACGUUCAGGAAUGGAAUCAAAAGUUUUGGACACAACACAAUUCAAGUUUCUUUCAGGAACGAGAGGAAUAUUUGAAGCAGAAUUUGCCAGAAGGAAAGCAAACUCUAACCGCAGAUGAAAUGAGUGUUUUCUACAAAUCUUUUCUUGAUAAGAAUUGGAAGGCUCAUUUAACAUACAACUUGCAAUGGUACAAAAAGAAUAUCACUCUCCUUAAAUUAGCUAUUCAAGUUAGAAUUAGAAGACUGCUUAAAUUAAAAGAUUAG